UGUGAGGGAGAGGUCUGGGGUGGUGCCGCCCCUGCAGGUUCCUUCUUGACCUCCCAGUUCUCUACACUCUCCCCAGAGCAGCAGAAUGCACACAGCUCAGGCCUCAGUGUCCUUCAAGGACGUGACUGUGGAGUUCACCCAGGAGGAGUGGCAGCACCUGGGCCCUGCUCAGAGGGCCCUCUACAGAGACGUGAUGCUGGAGAACUACAGCCACGUUGUCUCUGUGGCAAACUUCCUGCCACCCAAGGAAAAAGACUGGCGACUUGAUCAUUUAGAGAAGACCCAAAAAAACCAAGACAAGUAUUUAUAUCAAGUUUUAUUCACCACCAACCGACCAUUGACUAAUGAACAAGAGAAAGUUUCAGGAAAACCAUUUAAUCUGGGCAGAUACAUUGUUCCUUCAAGAAAAAUGUUAUCUGCAGAUGACACUAUAGGGCCUACAUACUUGGAUUUCUACCAAUUGGCUCCUCAUAGUUACUCAAGAAAGAUGACUAAUGAGUUUAAUGCAUCUCACUCCAAUACUAGAAGUGAGAGAAGAAAUACUGGAGAGAAGUCUUUUGAUUACAAUCAAAAUUUGCAAACUUUUAAUGGUGUGGAGGAACUUAUUUUGGGGCAGUGUUUUGAAUGUAAUGAAUGUGGUAAUACUUUGCAUGAUAAGGCUGCGUUCAUUACAUGGAACAGUGCUUACACAAAAGAAGCAUCUUAUAAACUUGGAAGGAAACUAUGUGAUAAAUCUUCUCUUGUUGUUUCUGUAAGUUUUCACACAGAGAAGAGUCAGUGUGAAUUUCAUGAAGAUAAAUGUAAUAAAAUUGGGAACAAUUUUGAGAGGAUUGCUCAACUUCACAGAACUGAUACAACAGAGAAAACUUUUGAUCAAAAAGCACGUUUCAGAGAAUAUCAGAGAAGUCAGACAGGAAUGCAACCCCUUGAGUGUGGGAAAAAUAUGAGCCACAAUUCACCUAUUAACAUACAACAGAGAACUAACACAUUAGAGCUAUCUUGUGAUAAUAAGACAUGUAAUGAAACUUUCGGUUCUCAGUCACCCUUCCAUAUACAGAGGAGAACUCAUGGGAGGGAACAACACUGUGAGUGUAAUGAAUGUCAAGAAUCCUUCUCAAAGAGGUCGUCCGUCAUUUUACAUCGAAGGAGUCAUAUAGGUAAGAAAAUUUAUGAAUGUAAUGAAUGUGGGACAGCUUUUUCCUGGAAACUAUCCCUAAUUGUACAUCAGAGAACUCACACAGGGGAAAAACCGUAUGAAUGUAAUGAGUGUGGAAAAGCUUUCACCACCAUGUCAAACCUCAGACAACAUCAGAGAACUCACACAGGGGACAAACCCUAUAAGUGUAAUGAAUGUGGAAGAGCUUUCACCCGCGUGUCAAACCUGAGAAGACAUCAGAGAACUCACAUGGGGAAGAAACCCUACGAAUGUAAUGAAUGUGGGAAAGCUUUCAUCUCCUUAUCACAGCUCAGAGAACAUCAGAGAACUCACACAGGGGAGGAACCCUAUCAAUGUAAUGAAUGUGGGAAAAGUUACACCCAGAAGUCAAGCCUUGGAAAACAUCAGAGAAUUCUCACUGGGGAAAAACUCUAUGAAUGUACUGAAUGUGGAAAAACUUUCAGCCAGAGGUCAUGCCUUAAAAAUCAUGAGAGAGUUCACACUGGGGAGAAACCCUAUGAAUGCAAUGAAUGUGGAAAAACUUUCAGCCAGAAGUCAUAUCUUGGAAAACAUCUGAGCAUUCACACAGGACAGAAACCCUACGAAUCUGAAAGAGUUUAUUUUCAUGUCAUACCUCAAAGGACAUCAGAGAAUUCAUGAAGGGGAAAAACUCUGUGAUAUGAAAUGUGGGAAAUUUUUUCUCUGGAAAUCUGCCUUCAUAAUACAUCAGAGACUGCAUAUAGGGUGAAAUGCUACAAAAGUAACUGAUGCAAAAAAGGUUUUGUUUUCAACUUAACUCACAAAAUUGAACUUAUGAAACAAUUCACACAGGGGCGUGUAGUGAUUUAUACACUCUCUACAAUGAGUCUCACCUAUGAAAACAUCAGAAAACUCACAAAGGUGAAAAUCCUAUAAAGGUGGUAAUGUAGGAAAAUCUUCAUAGAGUUGUCAGAGGUUAAAAGCCAAGGGGAGGAAAAAAACUUUUUCUUAUGCUCUGUUACUCUUAUUGGCUGGAGCCCUGCAGAUUGAAAGACGUUAACAGGAGAAAAUGGUUUAUUUCAUAUGCUUUUGGAGAUCCUCACAUAAAUGAAAUGAAAACUCCAAAGACGUGAUCAGACCUGGAGGUUUAUGUGCCAUUUGAACAAAAGGACAAAACAUUUGCGAAGAAGUCUCAAAAGAUUAGGGUUUAGAGCUUCUAUAGUCGUAAGUUUUGGGAAGGUCACUACACGAGGAAACCAAUGGAAGAUAAGUGUAUUUCAUUAAGAUUUGUUUCUGCAGAUAUCAGUUGGGGCCAUCUACAAUGAUAGGAGUUGUCUUCUCUUGCUGAUACCAGAGGGGAUGGGGAACACCUUUAUGAAGGAGGAUUUAUACCCUACCUUUCGGCAGAUGGGGAGAGACUGAAAAGGUUUUUCUGUGUACUGUUUUUCAGUUUCUUUCACUCAAAAUACUUCUUUUGCCAAAGUGGCAUAAUUUGGCUUUCGUAUUUCUUAUUGAUCAUAUCAGGGCGUAAGCUUAUAAAUGUGAUAGAAGUAAGGAAGAUUUCC